AUGACUUUCAGUAAACACCCGACAGCCCAGCAAGAUGACGUGACUGCCACAGUGAAAGCAAAUACAUACAACUUGGCCGUCAUUAUGUUUGCCUCACUGGGAUCAUUCACCUAUGGCUAUAACUCAUCUAUAAUUGCGUCUGUUUUCGCGGCGAAUGGUCUUUUUUAUGGGGGUGGCAUUAUCGGCUCUCUCACUGUGAACUAUUUGCUCAACAAACUCGGCCGAUGCAAAUCUAUUCAGCUUAUUUGCGUACUCUGCAUUAUUUCUACUAUCAUCCAAGGUGCUGCAGUUCACAUUGCGAUGAUACUGGUGGGUCGGCUCCUUAGUGGAGUAGGAGUCGGCAUGAUGCAGGUCACGAUACCGGCAUAUAUGAUAGGAUCCCAUGGGGUUUCAAUUGUGAUCGGCUAUACCACAGCCGCCUUGACAGGUCUUGGGUGCUAUUUCUCCAAGCCUGGGAUGGAAUGGCGACUUUGUCUAAGCCUCCAGGUGGUCGGCCCCAUUAUCUUGCUCUCUGGCUCUUCGUGGCUUCCAGAAUCUCCCCGGUGGCUUCUUGCACAGAGACGAGACCAGCAGACCUUGAAUGUUCUUCGGAAGCUCCAUAACCAAGGAGGAGACCAUGCUAGUCAUGGCGCCGAUGAAGAAUUCUUUCAAAUCCUGGUCCAACUGGAGCUUGAAAAGGAAAAUGGUGUUUUGGGGCUCUUGGACAUGAUAAAACGGGAAUCAUACCGCAAACGGAUUCUAGCGGGGCUUUUAGUCCAAUUUGCCUCACAAUCUACCGGUGUCCUGGUCAUCAACAACUACCAAGUUCUACUGUACAACAACCUCGGACUUUAUGGCUGGCUUCCACUUCUUCUCUAUACUUUGUUUUCCGCCUGGGGCGCCUUUUCGAACUGGGUCAAUUCCGUCCUCCUUGAUUGGCUCGGCCGAGUUCCAGUUCUCGCUUAUGGCCUCAUAGGCUGUAUCUCGGUGAUGAUUGUGGAGACAGCUCUUGUCGCCUCCUAUGCUUCAACAUCCAACACAGGGGGUAACGCAGCGGCCGUACUUUUCCUGUUCCUCUUUAUCAUGUUCUAUGGAGGCACACAAGAUGCGAGUAGCUAUGUGUAUUGCAGUGAAAUCUUUCCAACUCGAGCAAGAGCUCACGGUCUGGGCAUAUGUAUUGCCGGGCUCUUUGCAACUGCUUUGCUAUAUACAGAGGCGUAUCCUGUGGCUUUUGCCGCUAUUGGAUGGAGAUAUUACAUAGUGUUCAUCCUGAUACCCGCCGCAUGCGUUGUGUUUGUGCGGCGUCUUCCAGAGACUAAGGGUCUUUCACUGGAGGAAAUAGCGUCAAGUUUCGGAGACGAGGUGGACGUUAAUACGGAGCAUUGGACAGAUGAGCGUAUCAAUGCAAUAAAUGGUCGUCUUCGUGCAAUUGGACUCAGUAUUUCCGUUGAAAGACCCUGCAGCUCUGAAGUCGAAGCAAAAGUGGUAACAAGUCAUCAGGAGUAG